AUGAAGCCAUUCCUAAUAAUUCUUUCUCUGAUAAAUAUUACAAGUACCGAAACCAAAUCCAGAGCCCAUUCCUUACGCCACAAAAGGUACAAUAAUAAUCAUCUGUCACAAAAUCACCUCCAUCGGAACCACGACUUUUCUCACUCAACCCAUAAUAAGCCCCUCAGUGGAAUAGGAAUAUCUGGAAUAAGGAGAAUCUCCCCAGUUUACUUACCCGGGUAUACAAGUCCAUUAGUAGCCGAUGUGGGUGGAGAUUCUGGAGAGAGUGGGGUUAUAUUGGCCCCAAGUGCUAGCAACGGUUCUAUAAAAGAGAAUGUAGGAAUAUAUGUUUCUCCGUCCCCCAAUGGACAAGAUACAAACACCAAAGAAAGGCUGGUUUCUCUGCAUCAUCUAAUACAUCAUGCACAGGGAGAAGCACUAAAGGCAAAAGCCAUGAGCUCCGCUGCAAAGCUCGAGGCCAGUCAAUUAAUUGCCUUGAAGCAAGAAUUAAAUGCAAAGAUAAUGGCUAAUAAAGCCGAGAUGCUACGGGAAGAAGAAGAAAGACUUGUCUCUCAAAGAUCGGCAGAUCCCUUGGUCUUAGUAAAAGACACCGUUCCGAUUGCAAAUGUGGCAAACAACAACUUGAGUUUUGAACAUCAUAAUGAACUUUUAUCUCAGAAGCUUAAUAUGAUAAAGAAGGAUCAGGAUGAUGCAGUAAAGAAGGCAGAAAAACUUGCAAGGUUGCACAAGGCAAGAACAGAAAUUCUCCCAGACAGCCUUGUUUCUUCCGACCCCGAUCAAUUUAAAGAAUUUGUCGCGGCUGGUCCUGUACAAGAUUUAACCUUUGAAAUCCCGGUCGAUCCAUCGGUUGGAAAUUACUAUAUUUCUGGAAAUCCCGAAGGGAGCCUUUCUUCUGAGGGGAUGAACUUAACCCAAGGAGAUUUGCCCUAUUUUGUUGCGCAUCAAGAAGGCUCGGCUUAUAGUUCUUCCUAG